AUGAGUUCCCGGAGUAAAGAUUACAUUUUUGAGCCGUUUAAGGUUACGGAAGUCAAAUGUCGAAGUGCUGAACUUCCAAGACCUCGAAGUGGACAUAGAAUUGCUUGUGAUGAUGCUAAGAUAUAUUGUUUUGGUGGUUAUAAUCCUUCUUUACCAUUAACAAAUAUUCGAAGAGAUAAUCCUACAUGGACGCCAACACGACCAGUAUUUAAGGAAUUGUGGAGUUUCUCCAUAGCCAAUCGCAAAUGGAAGCAACAUAAGGUGAUCGAAAACAUGCCGGAGGAAUUAGCAUCUAACGCUAUGUGUAUAAAUGGCCGCUACUUAAUGAUAUUUGGAGGCACAGGUGCGCCGUUCGGGCACAGAUGCAGUAAUGAUGUGAUUGUGUGGCGUACUUGUAAUGAGGAUGCUAGACUCCAAAUAUUGGCAGUAUCGGGCACAAGACCACCUGGCCAAUAUGGGCAAGCUGUAUUGUGUUAUAAUGGAUGUUUUUACACUGUGGGUGGAACAAAUGGAUUUGCAUAUAACUGUGAUAUCUAUAGGUUUGACUUACGAACACUGAUCUGGGAACCAGUGUUUGUUGGAACUGGACAAGAGGGUGAGCCCUUGGGUAGGUACAGACAUGAAAUAUCUCGGGUUGGUAAUAAGUUGUAUAUUAUUGGAGGUGGUACAGGAGAAUGGGCAUCAGAACUUAUGGAAGUACCUGUUUUUAAUAUGGAAACAAGAACUUGGACUAUAUUAUCAGCUAAAGCAGAUGACAGUGGAACAGAAACCAUAUCUCCAUCACCGAGAAAGUGUCAUAGCGCUGUUCAGAUUGAUACAUCAGAGGGAGCGCAAGUGUUUGUGGCAGGGGGCUCCGAUGGACAAUCUGUGUUUGAUGAUAUAUGGCGGUUAAAUAUGUCUGAUUUACAAUGGACUUUGAUGCAGAAGACCGUUUUACCCCAUCCUCUUUUCUUCCAUUCAUCCUCAAUCACUUCUUAUGGUUGCAUGUAUGUGUUUGGUGGUAUUGAACCAAAAGAUAAUGAUGUUACUUGUAGAAAUAAUAUUCUAUAUAAAGUGUGGUUAUGUAUACCGAAGUUAAGUGAGAUAUGUUGGGAAGCGUUAUUGAAUUUUCAUCCUAAUUUAGAUCAAGUGGACAGUAAAUCACUUUUAAAUAUAGGAGUUCCAAUACACCUUGUGCAGAGGUUACAUCUGUAA